AUGACGGAUCCACCAAGAAAGAGGCCCAAAUACGAACAUUGCUCUUCUCAGCAGGCGCAAGGGGCAUUGGGAAUACAAGCCGCUGACGAUGCAAGAAUUGCCAUUCAGCGCGACUUCCACGCAUCGAAUAACCACUAUCACGAAUGCAUCUUCAAUAGUAACCCACCCAGUCAGACUCCAACACCCGACGCCGACAAAAACCAACGACGCAAAGUGCUUGAAUCGCUUAAAUUUACCCAAAUCGACUCACGCCGGCAAAAUAUUAAGGUUGCACACGCGAAGACUUGUAGAUGGUUCCUUGAAACAUCGGAAUAUCGUGAUUGGCUUGAUAGCACUAAGUUCAGCGAUCAUGGCGGCUUUCUAUGGAUUAAAGGGAAGCCCGGGGCGGGAAAGUCGACCUUAAUGAAGUUCUCCUUUUCGCAGGCCAGUGGCUCGAAGAAAAAGCAAAGCAAUAUCGUUAUCUCCUUCUUCUUCAAUGCAAGAGGAGACGAGUUGGAGAAAUCUACCGUUGGUCUCUACCGAUCACUUCUACUGCAACUAUUUAAAGCGCGGUCAGAUCUCCAACACCUCUUGGAUUCCUUUGGGUCCAAUAAUGAGUGGAACACCAGGUCUUUAGAAGACCUCUUCUUGGAUGUCUUGCAGAAUAUAAGAAGCUCGCUAGUUUGCUUUGUCGACGCAUUAGACGAAUGCGAAGAAGAUCAGAUCCGGGCAAUAUUAUCGUUCUUACUUAACGCUAGUGAGCAAGCCGCCUCGUUCGGAACCAAGCUGCGCGUGUGCUUUGCGAGUAGACAUUACCCCCAUAUCACCAUCGCGAAAGGUCUCAACCUAGUGAUUGAAGGGAGGGAAGAUCACCGCCAGGAUAUAGCUAAUUACUUAACUACGGAGUUGCGCAUCGGAGAAGACCGCCUCGCAGAACAAAUCCGUUCCGAACUGCAGGAAAAGGCGUCUGGGGUUUUCAUGUGGGUAGUUCUUGUGGCAAAUAUUUUGAGCAAGGAAUUCGACCGCGGACGUAAACAUUGUCUCCGCGAAAAGCUUUGCGACAUCCCUAGCGAUCUUCAUGAUUUAUUUCACGACAUCUUAACUCGCAAUGAUGACAACUGUCCUGGGCUUCUCCUUUGCAUCCAGUGGGUGCUUUUCGCUCGUCGUCCACUAAUCCCAAUUGAAUUGUAUUUUGCAAUCAUAUCAGAGACCGAACCAGAUAGCCUAUCCAGCUAUCACUCCGAACAAGAGAUAUCGAUCGACGACGUACGAAGAUAUGUUCUCGACAGCUCAAAAGGCCUAGCUGAAUCAACGAUUUCUGAUGUACCGACAGUUCAAUUUAUUCACGAAUCGGUCCAAGAUUUUCUACUGAAGGAAAAUGGAAUACAGAAGAUCUGGCCCCAACUUGAGUACAACCUGGAUGGCCAGAGUCAUGAAAAACUCAAACGCUGCUGCUAUAGCUACCUGGGUAGCAACGUUGUACUCAGUUUAAACGUCACGGCCAUACCACUUAGAGAAGGAUCGGAAUCACUUCAGGAUAACGUGAAAAAGACGUAUCCUUUUCUCGAAUAUGCUACUGAGAAUAUUUUAUACCACGCCAACAAAGCCGAACAUGAGGAGGUAAACCAGGAAAACAUUUUACGGGCCUUCCCACUUCAAAAAUGGAUAGAAUGGCAUAAUGUGUUCGAGGAAAAAAAGAUCCGUCGAUACAAUCCAAAAACCACUAUCUCAUAUAUAUGGGCAGGGCUUAAUCUGCCGGACCUGAUUCGAAACUACACUCCCGAUGAUGCGUGCUUUUGUAUCGAAGAAGGUCGCUAUGGCACACCGUUAUUUGCUGCGCUUGCCACCAAAAGCAACAAAGCAGUCCAAGCAUUGUUGCAGAAAGUGGUACAAUAUCUGCCAUCUGAACCUCACCUUCGUGAUCUGUGUGCGCGAUCCGGCGACAAGGUAGACGGAUUUAAACGCAGAUUUAAAUUUAAACGGAAAUACAGCCUCGCUUCCCAUAUUAUAGAGGGUGGGUAUUUUGAAAUCCUGGAGAUUUUGCAGAAGACAAAUGGAGUCGUUUUCAGACCAGUUGAUGAUUUUCGACAGCUACUAACGGCUGCAGCAAAGGCCGGAAAUAAAAAUGCCGCCGAAUUGAUCCUCGAACACGGAACCACGGCCGAGAACCCUGCAGCGAUGGAGGCCGCAAUACGCAAUGAUCAUGAACCAAUCGUCAAAUUAUUAAUUGCCAGGGGUGCCGAUCCCAAGAAAGAACAAUACUUACUAGAUGCAAUACGCUAUUCAAAGGAACCAAUCGUCGAAUUAUUGAUUGAUAGUGGUGUUGACCCUAAGAACGACCUCUAUUUAGAGACUGCAAUACGUCGCAGGAGGGCAUCAAUAGUCAAACUGUUAAUUGCUAAGGGUAUUGACCCCAAGAAAGCGCCACACCUGCAAACUGCAAUAUGCGCAGAGGACCGAUCGAUUGUUGAGCUUUUACUUGACAAGGGCGCUGACGUCAACCGCUACAUUUCAAACCAGUCGCCCCUAUAUAACGCGGCAUGCACUGGGAAUGAACCGAUUGUCAGAUUGUUACUUAAUAGAGGUGCGCACAUCAAUGAAAGUAACUCAUUAUGUGGCGCUGUGAUUAACGGCCGUGAAAAUAUUACCCGACUAUUACUCGAAAAGGGUGCCAGCGUAGGCCCUGGGGCUUCUGGAUCAAACCCAUUGACUUUAGCCGCAGCAGGAAGGUUCACAUCCAUUGCCAGAAUAUUGCUGGAUAGGGGCGCCUGCGUAGAAGGCGAUGGGAAACCGGAAACGCCGUUAUGGGCUGCCGUGGGAGAACGCGCGAAAUCGAUUGAAUCCGAAUGCAUUAGCAUGGUCCGGCUUUUACUGGAAAGGGGCGCUAAUCCAAAUUGUCGCGCAAUAUAUUACAACUGUAGCUUUCAUACUCCUUUGAUGAUAGCGGUGCAUAAGGGAUAUGUGGAUGUGGUCUCCGCUUUACUUAAGGCAAGCGCUCGUACUGACGUUUGGAAGCCCUACAACAGUUGGGACCACUUUUUUGGCAGCGUAAUUAUUCUUAAACACAUCAAGGACAGGAUUCAGGUCAGAUUACUAAGUUAUUGAUCGACUACGGCAUGAUGAGAUAUCAAAGUUGAACAUACCUAGGUAGACUAACUGCGGUUGAAGGGUGCCGAAAUUUAAGGCACUUAUCUAGCAGUGUUUACGAAGAUCAAAGCCCAUAUCAGACCUCUCACCAUAACUGAUACCUCGACGCGUCGACCCUAAUUCUAACUAUUUCUCGCGUCAGUGGUAUGGUGCAUUCAACACAACAGUGCGCUAGUACAGCAGCAGUCACACAUGGUUAGCAACUUGCAGUCAGAUUCGUCGCCAUCUAUCUCGUUUGGUGAAGUGAUCACGCCGAUUG